AACGGCAGGCUAAUUUGAGUGUUCUGCGAAUUACUGCUGUUGGUAUUCCUGCAGCUGCACGUCGCCGUUGGCCUGCGCGGACCCCUCACAAGUCUGUAUUGCAAUAUUGAGGACUUCGUAGAUCCAGGUGAAAAUUCAAUUUAUUAUUCUCUAAGAAACUGCUAUAUAACUCUUCUUCGGUUUAAGAUGUCAAUACUUUUCUCGAUAUAGCAGAAUCCUCGAACUAUGUUGGUAUGUUGUUUGUUCUCACCAGGGAGGAGAAUUAUACUGAAUAAGCGUGUCGACAAGUAAUCGACAGGUUCAGAAUGGUUUAACGGUGAUGACAGCAGGGCUGCCUGAUUGCUACACAAGGGAUUAGGUAUUACAAUACACCCGAUCGCGUCGAAAGAAGGGAAUGCCGAAUGAUCCUCGCAAUGAAGUCCAAAUGGAGAAGACUGAAGUACCGCCCACCGCGCCCCCCGUCACGCCACGCCGACUAAACUAACAGUUCUUGCUCAAAGAUGUGUGCACAGGUGCCUCCAUUCUCCAUCCAGGUCCUUGCGACCGAGUACGGCGCCGACACCAGCGCCGACCUUCCGUCGUUAUUACCCGCGGCCUACCGCACCGAGGCAGACGAUCUGGCCGCUCCGAGGGGUAAUGUCAUGAAGUGCGUGGAGAAAGAACUCGACCUCCAGAGGUUGAACAGGGUUUUGAGCUGGCUGUGGGUCGCGGGUCGGCCCGUUCCUCCUCGUCCACUGCACUACCAGGUCCUCCUCUCACGGAGUAUCUUCGUCACAGAACAAAUGGACAUGCACCUCGUUUGGACGACGGGUCGAAUAUUCCUUAAGCCGGUCCCGCGCUUCCUGCUCGAGCCGCGUUUCUGGAGCGAAUAUCUCUGCUGUACACGAGGAUGCCACUGCUCUAACGAGCAAGUUGAAUAUGGGAGAAGCGCCCGGGAAUGCGAUCGUCGAAGGCUACGGAGAUGUGCCCUCGGAUUCCUGUUCUCGUAUGCGGCGCUCAUCACACACGAAAGCGACUUUUUCAUUGCGAAAGAGAAGCGUUUGCUUCCGAUGGAAGUGCAGUGGCUGGCGUGGAGGACGUUUGUGGAACAACUGGAUACAGAGCACAUCUACCACAAGAUCGACGCGCGAUUCAUCUACGGAGAGCUGCGUCUCAACCGUUUGAAUAAGAUAUACCGUUUUUCGCAGAGUGCGUUCUUGCGCGGCUAUAUGCCGCGCUGGGAUCAAUAUCGGACGUUCUUUCAGGAUAAUUUCGCGUGGCUAGCGUCUGCGACGGUGUAUGUCGCGGUUGUGCUGACUGCGUUGCAGGUCGGCCUCGCAACGAAGUCGCUUGGUGACAGCGAUGCUUUCCAGUCUGCGUCAUAUGGAUUCACUAUCUUUUCAAUUCUAGGCCCUCUUAUUGUGGCCGGGCUUAUCAUUCUGGUAUUCUUCUACAUUUUCUUAUACAACUGGAUCGUGGCAGUAAUCGAGAGGAAUAGACGGUUGCGCUACAUACAGGCAUUGUCGGGAGGGGCCUGAGCGACUUCAUUCUUGGGUGUGCACUUAUUGAAUCAUCAGUGUCUUGAUGUCUGAGGUCGAGAUGUUAUGCACGGUGAUCCUGUCAUAAAAAAAUAUUUCGAAUAUGUGAAUUUACUUCAACGAAAAACAUACACGUAGAUCUGAUCGUUUUCCGUGAAGUGGCCCGUGAAGAUGACGCUGAGCUGAGGAAGUCCGAUCGUGGCUAUGCUUCGAAGUGAGUAAUAUAUCAGGAUUCGUACAACAAA